AUGUAUAGCCAUGUAUUACCAUGUAUAGCCAUGUAUUGCCAUGUACAGCCGUGUACUACCAUGUAUUUCCAUGUAUCACCAUGUAUAGCCAUGUAUAGCCAUGUAUUACCAUUUAUCACCAUGUAUAGCCAUGUAUUACCAUGUAAUACCAUGUAAAGCCAUGUAUUGCCAUGUAUUACCAUGUAUUGCUAUGUACUACCAUGUAUCACCAUGUAUUACCAUGUAUAGCCAUGGAUAGCCAUGUAUACCCAUGUAAUGCCAUAUAUUGCCAUGUGUUACCAUGUAUAGCCAUGUAUAGCCAUGUAAUGCCAUAUAUUGCCAUGUAUUACCAUGUAUUGCCAUGUAUUGCUAUGUAUAGCCAUGUAUUACCAUAUACUGCCAUGUGUUACCAUGUAUUAACAUGUAUCACCAUGUAUUGCCAUGUAUUACCAUGAAUUGCCAUGUAUAGCCAUGUAUAGCCAUGUAUAGCCAUGUAAUGCCAUGUAUAGCCAUGUAUUACCGUGUAUUACCAUGUUUUCCCAUUUAUUACUAUGUAUUACCAUGUAUAGCCAUGUACACCCAUGUAAUGCCAUAUAUUGCCAUGUAUUACCAUGUAUAGCCAUGUAUAGCCAUGUAUAGCCAUGUAUAGCCAUGUACAGCUAUGUAUAGCCUUGUAAUGCCAUAUAUUGCCAUGUAUUACCAUGUAUUGCCAUGUUUGCUAUCUAUAGCCAUGUAUUACCAUGUACUGCCAUGUAUAAGCAUGUAUUUCCAUGUACUGCCAUGUAUUACCAUGUAUUACCAUGUACUGCCAUGUAUCAGCAUGUAUUUCCAUGUACUGCCAUGUAUUGCCAUGUAUAGCCAUGCAAUGCCAUCUAUUGCCAUGCAUUACCAUGUAAUGCCAUGUAUAGCCAUGUAUUACAUGUAUAGCCAUGUAUUACCAUGUAUAGCAUGUAUUGCCAUGUACAGCUAUGUACUACCAUGUAUUGCCAUGUAUCACAAUGUAUAGCCAUGUAUAGCCAUGUAUUACCAUUUAUCACCAUGUAUAGCCAUGUAUUACCAUGUAAUGUAUUUUUAAGCUAUAUUUGAAAACUGUUUUUAACCUGUUUUGUGAAAUAGGUUUUAAAUAGAGUGAAAAGUGUAUUUUUAAUGUAUUUUUCGACUGCUUUUAAAGGUGUUUUAACCUGUUUAAAAUGCUAUUAAAAAACAAUUUUUAAAGUGUUUUAAAAUUCGUUUAAAAUAUAAAAAAAAAUCCCAGGGCUUUUGAAAGGCUCAAAACAGGUCUAAAACAGUUUUUAAAUACCUUAUAAAUCGGAAUAAAAACAGGAUAAAAACAGUUUUAAAAACAUAUUUUAAUUUGCUAUACUAUUUUAAAACUAUUUUAAUGGCAAUUUUAAACGUAUUUUGACAAAAACAGGUUUAAAAUAGGUACAAAAAUAUAUUUUUAAUAUAUUUUUCGACUGAUUUUAAAGGUGUUUUAACCUGUUUAAAACGCCAUUAAAAUGUUAUGCUUCAAAAUAUAUUUUAAUAGCUGUUUAAUCGGUCUCGAAAUUUAGUAAAAUACUGGUAUUUGCAAAUACAAUAAAAAUACUUUGAAAAUAGUAUUAAAAUACCACAGAAGAAGAAAAGCAAUAGCACGCAUAUAUUAGGGGUGGCGAAUGGUAAAUGCGAGACGGCGAGACUAGCGUUUUUCUUUGCGAGCCCGAGACAUUUUGACUUUUUAGAUUGCGAGACCGAAACUUCAAAGUGUUUUGAGUGCGAGCGCGAGACGUUUAGACUCUUAAAAUUCGAGCCCCAGAUUUGGUUCAGAGCUAUGAGAAGAUUAGUCUGCUACACAGCCGUUUUUAGUGUCGUCACGCAAUGCAAUGCAGGAGCGUUGCGUGACGACACUAAAAACGGCUGUGUAGCAGACUAUGAGAAGAUAUGACAAUGAGCUAGAAUUAGCUUGUACAAAAGUCUUACGAAGGAGGCUUUUGUUGCAAACCUGUCAACAGUCAAUAAACUCUAUUAUUUUCCUGGCCAUGACCUAAUUUCCGGUCAAGAGGUUACACUUGGUCGUUUGCCUUUGCGCGGCUGUGUUUGAACUCAGUUGAAGCUAGUUGAGUGGAAACGUUCCAGGGGCACCCAACGGCAAUUUUCGGGAAAAUAUAUAGCUAUAUCUGUUCGGAAGACGAUUUGAGAACUAGAAUUUUCGGAACAUUUGUUGUAAAAUUUCUUGCUUGCCUGCCUCUCCUAGGAUUUUCGAACAUCUACAAAAUGGUAUAAUUACCCAUUUUAAACGGAUAUUUACCCUAAAAAAGGCUACCUAGAAUUUUCGGAAGCCUUUUCCUGGCUCAAAUUUUCGAAAAGGUAAGUUUUGAUCCCUAUAAUUUUCGGAUCACUAGACUUUCAGCUAGGAAAUCCGAACAGAUGAAAAGUUUUUAGGGGAUAAAAAUAUGCCUAUAUCUACCGUUUAAAAACUAAAAUGCGUUCAACAAUGCUAUGUUAAGUGGUUUGGAACUAUAUCCUCGUUGGGUACCUCUGACGUUCAUGCGUUAAAACCAUGGAGGAAACGGACUGAAAUGGAGGAAAAGUCGUCUUCUUCUCAUCGGAAACGAAAGCACGAAUCACGUAAGUACUCUAUUAAUGUUUGUAUUUAUCAAUGUGCCGACAAUUCGUCUUAGUCUAUCAGUAGAACUUCAAUCCCGGAUACGACAAAACAACCACGCCAUGCUUAACCAGUUAGGUCCCACGGUUCAUCAUUCAUCCAGGUUCGAUUCUAUUACUAUAAGACUAAGCUAAGCUAAGCUACAGUACUAUAGCUAAUUAUGAAAGGCAUCUAUAGGCUGCAAGUUGCAUUGAUGGUGGUUUUAGCUCGGAUUGUUCGCUCAAGAUGGCAAAAGCUGGCAAAAUAGGUCAAAAUAUUAAAACUACAAUGUGAGCUAAUGUGAGCGGCAAACCGGGUCUAGCUCAGGUCUGUGACGUCAAUUCAUAAUUUAAUUCAUGAGGCGCUCCUGGUCGCCGGAAAUAUUAUCUGACUACAACCUACAGCUUUAAACAUUUAUACAUUUGCCGUUCUAUUUCUUUAAAAGUUUGCUUUUCUAACCUAUUCUGUUUCACAUCAUUGCUGCGGAAGAGCGCUGUAUGCAUGGAUACAGAACAACUGCUCCAAAAUCAUAAGACAAAAGGGAAAGAAAAAAGACAAACAAAACAAACCAUAAAACAGAAGUAACCGAAUAUAUACUUUACAUUGUUAUCAGAGUCAAGUGGCAUAAAAAGAAGCAAAAAGAGAAAAUGAUGAAUCGACUGCAGAUUAACAGUUGACAUAAGCUUAUAGCUAGCUAUAGCUGUUUGGUUAAAAGUCGUUAAAACUCGGUCUCAGAACUCGUCCGAUUGCAUGGAUGAAUUGAGAUUACAGAGAACAAUUAAAACUUAUUAAAAGGGUUCCAGAUGACCAUCGAACAAAUUACAAGAAGAAAGAUGGAAAUAUCUUAUUCAAUUGUCCAUGUACGAGGCACUAGGGCACUGUUAGGUGAGUAAUAGUAACUUUUUUGUUUUACUGGGAAUAUUUGUGCUUUUACAGUUCCACAGGGGACAACCGAUAAGUUCUCCGACUUCGUGGGUUUCAUCAUGAGCUAUCGUGAGGUUGUGUGGGUUUCUUCAUUCGACUUUCAGCCUUUUGGCCAGCUUCUGUGUAAGCUUGUGUAUUUGCUGGAACUGGAAAUUCGACUAUAACACUACGUUAUGAUAUGCUACAACAAAAUAACUGUUUUUCUGGCUCCAAAAUGACGUUGCGGUAAUUUUUCUAGCUUUUUGUAGAAUUCAGACAAUUUAGGAGAAGUUAGGAUGAACUUUUUCUCGGAAAUUAAAAGUUGCGUUACUGAAAUUCAAUAUCAAGUGACGAGAAGACGUCAUUUUAAAAAAAUACAAACCAACGAAACGGGACUUCGGAACCCUUAAACAUUGCAAAAAAAUCGAGACUCCGAGACACCUUCGUAUAAAAAACGAGACUGCGAGACGCACAUAACCGCUCAAAAAACGAGACUGCGAGACCCGUGAUAUUCGACUAAAAUUUUGAGAGACCCAGAGUUUUUGAAGAACCAUUCGCCACCCCUUAUAUUGUGAAAAUACAUCAAAAAUAGGAUGCAAAAAUGCAAAAACAGGAUAAAAUUGUAAGAAAAUAGCCUUAGAGUUGUCUGAAAACAGUACAAAAAUCGGUCGAAAGAGCAUACAAACAGUACAAAAACAGGAUAAAAAUACCAUUUAAAUUCAUGGAAUAAAAUGACUACAUAACCGUCGAAAAUUACCCUGAAAAAGCAAGAUUUACCUCUGCGAAAUUUCUCCACACAGUCCUAGGCCAGGACUUCACGAGAAUUAUCUCUUAGCUGAUUACUUUACGUUGAUUUCCCUACGUAUUCUCGGGAAAUUCUUAUGGAAUUUUUCAGAAAUGCUGAAAUCAAUUUUUAACCUGUGUACAGACCCCCUCCCCUCAAUAAAGAUCGGAGGGGAGGGGGUCUGUACACAGGCUAUCAAUCUUCGGCUUCAAAAGAGAUUUGCGUUACUGACGUUACCGGUAAAUAAUAAUCUACAUACAUGUAACUUACAUUAUUUAUUAUAUUCACGGCUUUACUCAAGUAUUAUCAGAAGCUUGCAGGCUACGCCUGAACAUUAAUUAUUGGCUGAUAUAGAACAACAUAAGAAUAACACCAUCAAUUUGCUAUAUACUACCAUGUAUCACCAUGUAUUACCAUGUAUAGCCAUGUAUACCCAUGUAUACCCAUGUAAUGCCAUAUAUUGCCAUGUAUUACCAUGUAUAGCCAUGUAAUGCCAUUUAUUGCCAUGUAUUACCAUGUAUUGCCAUGUAUUGCUAUGUAUAGCUAUGUAUUACCAUGUACUGCCAUGUGUAAGCAUGUAUUUCCAUGUAUUGCCAUGUAUUACCAUGUAUUGCCAUGUAUAGCCAUGUAUAGCCAUGCAAUGCUAUGUAUAGCCAUGUAUAGCCAUGUAAUGCCAUGUAUAGCCAUGUAUUACCGUGUACUACCAUGUUUUCCCAUUUAUUACUAUGUAUUACCAUGUAUUGCCAUGUAUUACCAUGUAUAGCCAUGUAUAGCCAUGUAUACCCAUGUAAUGCCAUAUAUUGCCAUGUAUUACCAUGUAUAGCCAUGUAUAGCCAUGUAUAGCCAUGUACAGCCAUGUAUAGCCAUGUAAUGCCAUAUAUUGCCAUGUAUUACCAUGUACUACCAUGUAUAAGCAUGUAUUUCCAUGUACUGCCAUGUAUUACCAUGUAUUACCAUGUACUGCCAUGUAUCAGCAUGUAUUUCCAUGUACUGCCAUGUAUUACCAUGUAUUGCCAUGUAUCACCAUGUAUUGCCAUGUAUUACCAUGUACAGCCAUGUAAUAGCCAUGUAAUAGCCAUGUAUAGCCAUGUAAUGCUAUGUAUAGCCAUGUAUAGCCAUGUAAUGCCAUGUAUAGGCAUGUAUUACCGUUUAUUACCAUGUUUUACCAUGUAUUACUAUGUAUUACCAUGUAUUGCCAUGCAUUACCAUGUAUCGCCAUGUUUUUACCAUGUAUAGCCACGUAUUGCCAUGUAUAGCCAUAUAUUACCAUGUACUGCCAUGUAUAGCCAUGUAUUGCCAUGUACUGCCCUGUAUAGCCAUGUAUUGCCAUGUAUUACCAUGUAA